UAAGUGAUUGUAAGUGAUAUAUUUAUUGAUUUUUUAGCUAAUUUUAUUCAGUAUUCAGUUACUAUUUAAGGACAAUCUUGAAUAACUUUGUAUAGAGCGUUGUUAAUCAAACUGUGGCAUUGCAGCCUUUACAACAAAUUCUUUUAAACGUAGUAAACAAAUAUGUCUGUGGCAAAAUUCUUGGCAGGACUGCCUUCUUUUAAUGAGAAUAAUUUUUCAAAGUUUCACGUGGAUAGUGGCAAUAGAUCCUCAUCAAAAAGACCAUCUGUUUAUAUUCCAACAAAAGACUAUCCAGCAGAACAAAUUAUAGUUACGGAAAAAACAAGUAUACUUUUGAAAUACAUGCAGCAGCAUUGGGACAAGAAGAAUUCAACAAAGAAAAGAGAAGUCACACCAAUAGAUCAAGAACCAAGUCGAAAGAGAGCAAGGAUGGAUGGUAGUAGAAAUAUUUUAGAUUGAGCAGAAGGAGUGUUUGAAUAUGAUUUUUGCUGUUUAAAUGACUUGUAUAUACCUACUGAUUUCUGUCUGACAGGUGUACAAUAUGCGACAGAAUUUAACAAGAAGUUGAAGGAUGUAAAAAAAUCAAUAGGAAGUUAUGCUAGGCAUAUUGUAUUCUGUUAGUCAUUUUAAUAUCUAUAUUUCAUUACAUCACUGAAAACUUAUUACGUUACAUAUCGAAAUGUCCUUAUCUACAGGGUGGUCUGAAUUGUAUUUGAGAAAGUUUGGCAACAUAUUCUGCAGAUAAAAAUAAGUAAAAAAAAUAAAUUUAUAUCCUAAAAUGCUUUGUUUCUGAGUUACAGGGUGUGUAAGUUUCAAUCAUUUAUUCAUGCAAAUGCCACAAUUGGUAACUAACAUAAAUAAUUUUUUUUAUAUAUACAGUAUAAGUAUAGAAAUAAGAAAUUUAAAUACAUUUUAUAUGUUGUAGGUAUACAUAUGUUUCAUUUUUAUUUCUAUUUUUGCAAAAUAAUUUCUGAUCUAAUGUCAAUAUUUGGAUGAAAAUUGGUGUCGUUUUUUGACAUGGGAAAUUUGAAUUCUAUAUGACUUCUACUUGCAGGGGCGCCACCUACAUAUUUUUUAACUGGUUUGAAGACUAAUAACUUUUUUCCAUACCUGUAUAAAACUACUGAGAGAAAAAAUAUACUUUUCCGGCAUUUUUUAAGUAAAAAAGGUAACUUGGUAAAAAUCACUUCAAGUAAUGAUUCUCGAGAUAUUUGGAAUCAAAAUAAUUACUACAUCUCAUCAUUGCCAAAAAUUGAACCUGUUGAUAAGAUAGUUAUUAGACUGAAAUCAUAAAUUUGAAAUGGUUUUCUACCAAAGGUUCAAUAGCAACUGUUUCAUCAUACUUUUUUCUGGAAAAAACUAUGAUUAUUUUAAACAAAAUAAAAAGUUCCCAAAUUUAUAAUUUCAGUCAAGUAAUAAUAACUAUCUCUUUAUCUAGUGUUUAUUAUUUGUCAAUGAUAACAUCCAAGUAUCGUGAAAAUGGUUACUCUUAGCGAUCUUUAUCUAGAGGCCGUUUUAACAUAUAAAAUUAUGAAACUGUAUAUUUUUUUACUCAGUAGUUUUAUACAGGUAGGGACAAAGUUAUUACUCUACAAACCAGUUAAAAAUUUAGGUGGCACCCUCUACAAGUAGGAGGCAUAUUGACAUCAAAAUCAAAUUUCUCGUCAAAAAACACCCAGACAUCAAUUUUCAUCCAAACAUAGACAUUAGUUCAAAAAUUAUUUUGAAAAAAUGAAACUUCUACGCUCUGUAUCUCCUAAACAAACCAUUUUAGGACGUACAUUUACACGAACAUUUUUACUUAUAUUUAUCUGCAAAAUAUGUUGCUGAAGUCUCCCCAAUACAACUCAGACCACCUUGUACAUUUUUUGUUUCUAAAUUAUUCUUUAAGGCAUAACAUGUUUUGUUAUAAUUAUGUAUUAGCGUUGAUUUAAACAUUUUUUUUUGUUUAUCUAAGCUAGUAGAAAAAAAUUACCAGUUAAUGGUAACUAUUAAGAACUGAAAAGGUUGUAUGAAUGCUUAUACCAUAUAUUGACUUAUUUGUACAGUGGUAAUAUUUCUAUAAAAGUGUUAUAAUUUAAAGUAAGCUAGUUUUAAUAUAAAAAUACUUAAACUA